AUGCUGUCAAGCACCAGCGCCGGAUACGAUACCACCCUGCGAUCGUUCGAUACCACCCCAGUGACGACGGAGACCCUCCACGCCCACAACCAGCAACUGGCCGAGUCCCUGGAAGAGUGCUUGCGAGAAAUCGAGCUGCUCAAACUCGAGCUCCAUCAGAAAGUUAUACGGAUCGAAGAGCUGGAGGCUCUGUGCGACACCAACACCAACAUGGUUGCCACCGACGCCGCCACGGCCAGCAUGUCGUGUCUGACGAUGGAGAGUGGCGAACCCGAGUCCGAGUCCGAGUCCGAGUCCGAGUCCGAGUCCGAGUCCGAGUCCAAGGAGUUUGCCCAACUAGGAGCUCUGCUGAAGGUCGAGGAGGCCGGUAUUCCUGCAGAACUUCUCCCUGACUUUCUGGGUUUUUCCUUGAAGGAGUUUCUUGAUGACAUGUGA